GGCUCAACAUGCGGACUAUGGGACAGCCCUAAACCCUCUCGGAGUUAGCGGGAGCGCGCCUCAAAGAGGGAGCGCGCCUCAAAGAGGGAGGAGAUUGGCCCUCCAGCUCUAACAGGAAGUCACUGUGACUUCCGGUGUCUAUCAUUUUGAACGAGCCUACGGGAUCUCCGUAACCAAGGUGACGCUAGCUUUGAGGAAAAUGGCCCCAGCGUGUUAAACAGCUAGCGGACCAGAAAUGGUCCACCCGGUUACUAUUCAGUCAAACUGGUCUGGACGCAGUGGACGCUACUUCCGGUAGUUCCGGUCCCUAGAAUGUUUACUGAUGAAGUCCUGGAUCCGGUGGGCACCGGGUCUCUGUGGAGGAGCGCGCAGCAGGCGGCGCAGGAGUCGACAGGCUGUCAGACCAGAGCUGUACACAGGACUGAGGCAGAGGUCCAGACUCGAUCGGCUACCAUCAGCUGGACUCAAACGGAACCAGAACCACAAGAGCAGCUCCUCCAGCAAAGCCACGGCGAGUUGGAUCCGCCCGGCCUGAAGGACUUCCUGCAGCGGGUUGAGGACUCGGUCAUCAGGGAGUUGGUCACAAAUGCCCGGAGUCACGCCUUCGAUGAGUUCCAGGUGAACUGGGAAGAUCAGAGUCACCUGGUGUCGUGCCUCCAUUGCCUUCAACACCCCAGCGCACAAGAGAGCGGCCUUCAUGUGACCGGUGUGUCCUGGAGCUGUACAGGUUCAGUUAUUGCUUGUGCCUACGGUCGAAUUGACGAUGGCGACUGGAGUACAGAGAGGUCCUGUGUUUGUACGUGGAACCUGGACCGCCGCGGUCUGGACCCCAAACAAGCGGACCUGGUCCUGGACGUUCCCACUGCAGUCACCGCUCUGUGUUGCCAUCCCAACCAGCCCGCCCUCAUCGCAGGGGGUCUUUUCAGUGGAGAGGUGGUGGUCUGGGACACCAGUCGGACUCAGGACCCUGUGCUGGUCCAAACUGGGAUGUCAGCAGACAGCCACAGAGAGCCUGUUUAUCAGGUUGCCUGGGUGCCCCUGCAGAAGAAAGGAGAGUUUGGGGUGCUCAGUGCUUGUUCAGGAGGAAGGGUGCUGCUGUGGACGGUGGACUCAGACCUGGGCCGGUUAGUCCUGAAUGCUGCCUACGCCCUGGUGCAGCAGCAGGUUCCCCACAGCAGCACCACCAGCUUCAAGGCCCGAGGCAGCAGCACUGUGGGUGUCACCGCCCUGGCCCUGUCCCCCUGGGACCCCGACACCUUCUUGGUGGGCUCUGAGGGCGGCCUGCUGCUCCGAUGCUCCUUCUCCUCCCAGACACCGGCUGCUGCGCCCUCUGAAGGCCACAAUGCGACACUGAGAGCCCCGGCGGUCUUCCUGUUUAGGCCCCGUAGCGGCCCCGUCCACUCCAUACACUGCUCCCCUUUCCACAGGAACCUGUUUGUGAGUGCAGGGACCGAUGGUCUGGCCCACCUCCACUCUCUGCUGCAGGCCGACCCGCUGCUCUCGCUCAGGGUUUCAGACUCCUACGUGUUUCAGGUGCAGUGGUCUCCAACCAGACCACUGGUGUUUGCAGCAGCCACCGGACAAGGUGAGGUGCAGAUCUUCGACCUGGGCCGCAGGUCCCAGAGGCCAGCAGCCACCAUGGAGCAGGGAGGAGCCAACCAAGCUGCCACCUGUCUGGCCUUCAACCAUCAGAACCCUCAGCUCCUGGCCGUGGGGAACACCAAGGGGAGCGUCUGCAUCUGGCAGCUGAGCCACAACUUGACGGAGCACAGCCCCAGAGAGAGCGGUCAGCUAGAGCAGAUAGCCAAUCAGGUGGCAGAAUGAGACACGUUGAAGAUGAUUCAUGUCUACUGUGUUUUGCAAAAUAAAAAUCUCAAAGAACAA